UGUGUGUGUGUGUGUCUAUGAGCGUAUGUUUUAUUUUCCUCGCAAUACCAUGGUUACCAUCAAGCCACCCGGUAGCUAUGCAAUUGGGGCGCGCGCAUUUGCAGAGUAGGUAGUUACUGCUUGCGAGGGGUUGAGGGGACCUGUGUGUGUGUGUGGAACUUCGGGAAACAGCAACUCCCUUCUUCUUGUGCGUUGGCUGCAUAUUGGGACUCGGGACUCCCUUUUUUUGCUGUGUGCUCUGUGGCUGUGUGUGGAUGGAGAUCGCGAAAAACGCCUUCCCAUCCACCGGCAUGCGUCCUGUGACUGUACGACGACAAACAACUGGUGCGAUAGAAGGUUGGUCGCCAAGGGUGCAGAGCGUUCAGUUGCCGUUCGGUAAGGAAGACUGAUAGUCGUCGCAGUAGUCGCAGGUUCGCUGUGUGAGAAGCCCCGGGAAGCAACCCAGUCAGACCCACACGCCACACAGUUAUGUCACGAAAGGACGCAGUUGUAGCUCAAAGAUACUGCACUUUGCGAUGCUUUAGCCAUUGAUUGAUGCAUUUUACUGAUGACUCCAGAUUUGAAGUUGUAGUACAAAGUGAAAACAAGUGCAUCCGGAAAAUCGGCCGGACGAAUCGUUCAAAUCGGAUAAUUCCAUAAUGCACAAGCGAACGGAUCAUUGGAUGUGACACAUCGGAGAGUGCUUUAAAAACCGGAAAGAAUUAACAGUACUCCGCCUACUGACGGACGCAAUUAGCAAUGCAGCAGUUCUGUUGCUGCCUGUCCAGCCGGACGGAUAAGGUGUCACCGGGGGAAUCGUUCGAUCAUUCUAAAUCCCCGUCACCGAGCAGCGAUGAGUCGGUUAAUAUAUUCCGUGCCGACCGGCAUUGCACGGACAUCAUGUUUAUUGCCAUAAAAGCUGCCUUCAUUUUAAUUCUGCUGGUGCUCAUUAUCUACUGCAUGGCGUUUGGAGAUAUCUAUCGCAUAAUAAAUGGGUACGAUGACUGUGCCAAUGUCUGUGGGCGCGACAACAAGCCGGACCAGAGUCUGCCGUGCAAGGGAGCGGAUCGAUCGAAGGAGCCGUUUUUACUGGUGGAAGGAUCCGGGGUGACCGAAAGCGAUCUACAUCGUAUGUGCGUCUCGAGUUGCGACGAAAUUGAAGGCUUCAAACCCUUUCUCAACCGCUGCAUCCGGAAGAACAACCCAACGGAUGAGGUGGCAACGCGCACCGGAUUGCGCAACUUUUUCCAGGAGGUGUCCGAGGACCUGGAAGCGUGCCACCGGGAGAUGGUGUGGCUAGCGGUGACAGCGUUCGCCUUCUCGCUGCUCACGCUCGUGCUGUUGCGCGUGAUACCGGGCCUGAUCGUGUGGUUGGUGCUGCUGGCCGUCGUACUGGCCUGCACGGCCGGCACCAUCUGGCUGUGGCUGCGGUGGCAGUACGAAGCGGAACAUUUGCCGCCCAGUGCGGCCGAUUCCUCCCGCAUGCGGAUGAACAAUUGGCUGUACUAUGCAAUCGCGGCCACGGUUGCCACGCUGCUCGUGUACCUCGUCAUACUGGUGAUGCGCAAGCGGAUCAAGCUCGUGGUGCAGCUGUUCAAAGAGGCGGGGAAAGCGAUCGCCAGCAUGCCGUUCCUGCUGGCGGAACCGAUUUUGACGUUCGCCACCAUUGCGGCGGUAAUAGUGCUGUACGUUUACUUCACGGUGUGGAUCGAAAGUGCCGGCAUGCUGGUGGUGGAAAGCAACAACAGCGCCAAGUACGUGAAAGACUCCACCAUGCUGCUCACGCGCUGGUACAAUCUGUUCGCGUUCCUGUGGUUUUGCCAGUUCGUGAUCGGCUGCCAGCACAUGGUCAUUGCCGGCGCCGUGGCCGGCUGGUUUUUCACGCGCAACAAAUCCAACCUGAGCAAUCCGAUCGGGCGCAGCUACUGCAACCUGCUGCGCUAUCAUCUCGGCACGGUGGCGCUUGGUUCGUUCGUGAUCGCACUGGUGCAGUUCCUGAGGGCGAUGCUGAAACUGUUGAUGCAUUCGGUGCGCAAUCCGCAGAACCGCGUCACUAGCUUCCUGUUCGACUGCUGCCAGUGCUGUUUGCAGUGUUUCGAGCGGUUCCUGCAGUACCUGACGCGCAACGCUUACAUCCUGACGGCGAUGCACGGCGACCCGUUCUGUCAGGCGGGCAGAAACGCCUUCCGGCUGCUCACCAACAACGCGCUGCGCGUGUUUGCCAUCAACUCGGUCGGCGAUUUCGUGCUGGUGCUGGCCAAGGUGUUUGUGGUGGUGGCCACCGGGUUGAUUGGGGUGGAACUGAUCCAGAAAAAGGUUGGCCUGCAUCAUCCGUACGUACCGCUGAUACUGGUCGGUAUCUUUGCCUACCUGGUGGCGCACUGCUUUAUGACCGUGUACGAGAUGACGGUCGAUACAAUUUUCCUGUGCUUCUGUGAAGAUUGUGAGAGCAACGAUGGAAUAAGCCGCCCGUACUACAUGUCCCGCGGGCUGAUGGAGUUUGUGCAGAACUCGAAGAAAGCGCUCUCCAUCGCGGACAAAAGCUCCGGCGGCACCAGGCAAUCGGUGCGCGACGGCAAAGCCUGGAUGGGCGCGUCGGCAAAACCAAACGGCGGCGGUUCGCCUACCACGGCCCAGCAGCGUGCUACGGCCAUUUCAGAGACAGUAGACUGAUUACUAUGAUUCUCCCUGGUUUAAGAUCAUUUUCUGCCUUACUUGCCUGUGUGUGUGUGUGUGGUUGGCUUUUGCUUUUCACAAUUUUAUACUUUUUUUUGCACCGAGCUUGGUUUUUG